AUGGAUUUUUUUCUAAUGACUACCGGGGAAGAAAGACAGCAGAAAGAAAAUGUAACAGAACAGAUCGUCAGAAACAUGCUUAGCAAAGAAUCUCUGACUAGGCUCUUAAAUAUCAAGGCAGUGGACCUAGAGAGGUACUACAAGAUAGAAGAAUUGCUAUACAAAAUAUACACAACGCAGCGUAUAUACCAAAUAACGGAUGAAGAGUUUUUGAAUGUAAUCAAGCAAACAGAAAAGCCAAAGAAAACCUUUGUAUACCGGAGUAGAACUGGGCUAAUGGAUGAGCUAGACUAACUGUGCACAGUACUAUGCGAUCACAUAGUUAUAAAUAUUUUAGAAUUUAGGGAUGCAGGUGCAUUAUUAAUAAAGCGAAGAGAAUUUCAUAUAAAAAGAAAGACAUGACCAGCAGUGCAUGUUUAGUUCCCUC